UCUGGCUUAGGUUGAGCAAACCUAUCCUGGAACCUCCCAUCCCAACAUCAUUUCAAGACAAAAAAGGGGCCUCCAUCUAUCUUAGCAUUAUCUAAUUUCUAUAGGGAGGGGUUAAGAGGUCCCAAACAUCAUUUGAUUCGACUAAUUUGUCCAGCAAUUUGGCUAGUUUCAUAUAUUUAUUUGAUUUCCUGAGAUCGAAAUACAUCGAUCUCUGAUUUGUUAGAUUUCAUUUAUUGAUUUUCGUAAUAUUACGUGGUGGUGAUCAAACAAUGAUGAUGGCUAGCCAAAGGAGCAAUGCAUCCAAGAGGGACGAGUCCGUUGUGGUCGCAAUCGAUAAGGACAAAGGCAGCCAAUAUGCUCUGAAAUGGGCCAUUGAUAAAUUCUCUCUCGGCAAAGGCAAAAGUGUCACCCUCCUCAACGUCAAACACAAGCCUAACUCAUCAGCGGGAAGCAAUCACCUAGAUGAUGGCUACCCAGUUGUACACAAAUGUCAAAUUGAUAGCCAUGCCAAGGAAUUGUUCCUUCCUUUCCGCUGCUUCUGCACUCGCAAGAAUAUACACGUUAAUGAAGUUGUAAUAGAAGGAGCGGACAUAACCAGAGCUCUUUGCGAUUACGUUGCCGCGAAUUUGAUUGAGAACAUAGUGCUUGGUGCUUGUUCGAGGAACAGUUUUGUCAGAAGAUUUAAGGCACUAGAUGUUCCGAGCGGUGUAGUAAAAAACGCACCUGAGUUCUGCAAUGUCUAUAUCAUCGCGAAGGGGAAGCUUUCAUCUUCGAGGAAUGCCUCAAUUCCUACGCCGUCGGCGCCUACUCGACAGGGUUACGGUAACAGCAACGCAGGUUCUGGUUUCUCUGAUCCGCGGAUCAUGCAAAGCAGCGACAGCAUAGGGAAUGUUACACAAUCGCCAUUUUCGCGGAGAAGCACGGAAGAAAAUGAUUUUAUCAGGUCACCGUUCACCAGAAGCCAGUUUUCGAACAGAUCGUAUGGAGAACUGUCGAUGCCGGAAUCCGACAUAUCAUUCGUUAGCUCCGGUAGGCCGAGCACAGAGAGGCUAUUCCCUAUGUUGUCUGACAGCCAGGAAAUGAAUUAUCCCUGUCGUCUUUCCAACGGAUCUGACACAGAGAGCAGGUUGAGUUUCGGAUCGGUGUUCUCUGGAUCCAGGGCAUCGGACGUGAACAACGCUCUCAACAUGGUAUCACCAUUCUCGCAGGAAACUGGCGGAUCGUGGUCGUCGUCAUCUCAGAACCUGGACGAAGUAGAGGCUGAAAUGAGACGACUGAAGCAGGAGUUGAAGCAGACAAUGGACAUGUACAGCACAGCCUGCAAGGAAGCACUUUCCGCAAAACAGAAGGCAAUGGAACUUCAUCGAUGGAAAGUGGAGGAGCAGCAGAGGCUAGAAGAUGCGCGGUCGGCGGAGGAAGCGGCACUGGCCUUGGCGGAGAAAGAGAAAGCGAAGUGCAAAGCGGCAAUCGAAGCGGCGGAGGCGGCGCAGAGGCUAGCAGAGCUGGAGGCGCAGAAGAGGAUAAACGCAGAGAUGAAAGCAAUGAAAGAAGCGGACGAGAAAAUGAAGGUGCUCGACAAAAUCGCGAAGAACGAUUUCAGGUACCGCAAGUACGCAAUAGAGGAUAUCGAGGCCGCAACGGAAAACUUCUCCGGUUCCCGAAAAAUCGGGGAAGGCGGUUACGGCCCUGUUUAUAGAUCCACCCUGGAUCAUACAGAGGUGGCUAUAAAGGUCCUCCGCCCAGACGCCGCUCAGGGGAGAUCGCAGUUUCAACAAGAGGUUGAAGUUCUGAGCUGCAUACGUCAUCCCAACAUGGUUCUUCUCCUCGGCGCGUGCCCGGACUACGGUUGUUUAGUGUACGAGUACAUGGCGAACGGCAGCUUAGAAGAUUGUCUGUUACGACGAAACAACACCCCUCCGCUUCCCUGGCAGCUAAGGUUCCGAAUCGCGGCGGAAAUCGGCACCGCACUCCUCUUCCUCCACCAGACCAAGCCGGAGCCGCUAGUGCACCGUGACCUGAAACCGGCCAACAUCUUACUCGACCGGAACUUCGUGAGCAAAAUCAGCGACGUCGGGCUAGCUCGGCUAGUACCUCCCAACGUCGCCGACAGCGUGACGCAAUACCGGAUGACGUCGGCGGCCGGAACAUUCUGUUACAUAGACCCUGAAUACCAGCAAACCGGCAUGUUGGGAAUAAAAUCCGACGUUUACUCCCUCGGCGUCAUGCUUCUUCAAAUCAUUACCGCAAAACCUCCGAUGGGUUUGACCCAUCACAUGGAAAGAUCAAUUGAGAAAGGAACUUUCGCUGAUAUGCUUGAUCCGGCAGUUACUGAUUGGCCCGUGGAGGAGGCGUUAAAGUAUGCCAAGAUGGCUCUCAGGUGUGCCGAGCUCCGACGCAAAGACCGGCCGGACCUCGGCUCCGAGGUACUGCCUGAGCUUAACAGGCUACGAGCAUUGUCGGAAGAAUCCAUGCCGUCUCUGCAUAGAUAUUAAAACAAUGGUGCUACGUGUACAAAAUCAUGUAAAAAGACGGCGGUUACAACACAAUCCAGAGGUAGUCCCCCUUGUGAGAAUUCAAACCUGGACGUAUAGCAAAUCAAAAUGCUACAGUCUUGAACUGUGAUGUGACAAAGAGGUUUUUUUUUUUUUUUCUCCUUCCAAAUUGUAUGACAAUUUAAGCUUUAAAGGCACAUUGGACUAGUGCUCAUUAAGGCGAGAAUAUCCAGUCAACUAUUAUGUAAUUGAUGCAUAAACUGAGUCUGGAUGUUAAGAAUUCAACAAUUUUUUAUUGAAGUGCUGGAAUGUUCAUAUUCCAACUAUGCAA